AUGCUUGAAAGUGCCUCAAAAAUAUUCAAUGGGCCAGAUGGCCCCGUGAUGGUAGCCUUCAGCGAGGCCACCCGUGAACAGCGAGUCCAGUGUUCAAAGCUGGCCGCGGUUACCUUUGGAAACCCGCUCUCCGAGGCAGACUAUCUAGAACGAGAUGCAUACUUAGGCCAGCGGCUGCUAACUCGCAAUAACGGGUGGCGGUACUGGUGUCUCUACCGCGUGGACAACCCUAAUCAAAUUUUCGCAACUUGCAAAACGAUACGCAGGGAUAUUCUCGUCCGCGAUGCGAGCGGAGUUCACAAAGAGCCGGGGUUCUGCCUCGCAAGUGUCGUCACUGAUUUUCGAUACAGACGACAUGGCCUCGCAUCUUUACUCCUAACACGAGUGGCGGAAUGGUUGGACGGGCCGGGCAACGCCGCCGCGAGCAUGUUAUACACAAGUAUCGGUAAUGCUUGGCAGUUCUAUGUGGAUAGAGGCUGGAAGAUGCAACGUGCAUUUCAAUCUACCUUAUCGUGGCGUCAUAUCGCAUCAAGCGAUCGGAUGAGUUUACCCAUAACUCGAGCCCUCACCAGGAAAGAUAUUUCAAGUCUUUGUGAGCGUGACGUGGAGGAUAUCGAGACCAAAUUUGAGAAGCUCGCAGUUGGCUCAAAUGAGAUUCAUAUGGCUGUGGUCCCAACAGAAGAAAUAAUAAGUUGGCUGCACGAUCGAGCUGUUUUCACUAGUGUGAAGAUCUCUGGCCAAGUUCCACAGAGCCAUGGCAGGCUUUGUGAGAGCGCAGAUGUCUGGCUUUAUUGGUUUCACGACUUUAGAAAGCAGCAGCUAGCAGUACAAAGGGUAGGGGGCCAUAUGGAGGAGAGUGAUUUGCAGACAGCAGCAAUUGCCAGGCUUCUCCUUGACGCUUUGGAAGAAGCUUCUAAGUGGAAUCUAGCUAAAGUUGUUGUCUGGAAUCCUAGCAGUGGAUUAACAUGUGCGAUGAAGAUCCUCGAGGAAGGUUUUGGCGUCGAGGUGGAAACUGAAGAACGGAUUGGUAGAAGUAUCCCUUCGGUGAGAUGGAAGGGUUCGAAUGAGACACAAGCUAUUACGGUUCAACUAAAUGAGUUUUAUGCCUGGAGUUGA